AUGUACAGCAGGAUUCGUUUGGUUGCGAAGACGAGUUUCUCCGGCACCGGCGUAGCGAGGCUCGUGUCUUCACGCGCGUCCACGGAUACGUCUCCCGCAGCUCAUCGGAAUGGCUUGAAGGAGAUACUGAGAAAGAGCGGUCCUCGACGCAGCGUUUCCUCCCUUCUCCAGGAACGGGUCGACUCGGGCCACGCCGUCACGUUAUCGGAGCUCCGGUUUAUCUCCAAGCGCCUCAUUAGAUCGAAUCGCUACGAUCUCGCACACCAGAUGAUGGAGUGGAUGGAGACUCAAAAAGAUGUUCAAUUAUCCGCCUAUGACACUGCUCUUAGAUUGGAGCUAAUCAUCAAAAACCAUGGCUUGAAAGACGCUGAGGAAUAUUUUGAACAGCUACAGAGUUCCGGCUCGCUGAGAGUAGCGAAAUCAGCUUACCUUCCUCUUCUUCGAGCUUACGUUAAGAAGAAAUUGGUUAACGAAGCGGAAGCUCUCAUGGAGAAGUUGAACGGAUUGGGUUUUCUUGUAACUCCACACCCAUUCAACGAGAUGAUGAAGCUCUAUGAAACCACUCACCAAUAUGAGAAAGUAGUUACGGUCAUUUCGAUGAUGAAAGGGAACAAGAUACCGAGAAACGUUCUCUCGUACAAUCUCUGGAUGAACGCAUGCGGCGAGAUAUCAGGUGUUGCAGGUGUGGAAACGGUUUACAGAGAGAUGAUUGGUGAUAAGAGUGUCGAAGUUGGCUGGAGCUCGUUGUGUACUCUCGCAAAUGUCUAUAUUAAGGCUGGUUUUGAUGAGAAGGCGAGUUUAGUGCUUGAGAGCGCAGAGAAGAAGUUGAAUAGAAGCAAUAGGCUUGGAUAUUUCUUCCUCAUCACGCUUCAUGCCUCUUUAGGGAACAAGGAGGGUGUUGUUCGUCUGUGGGAAGCUUCGAAAUCGGUUUCUGGUAGGAUUACUUGUGCAAACUACAUAUGCGUGUUGUCAUCGUUGGUGAGAGUCGGUGGUGUCGAAGAGGCUGAAAGGGUUUUCGAUGAGUGGGAAGCCAAAUGCUGUAACUACGAUGUUAGGGUCUCUAAUGUUCUUUUGGGUGCCUACGCUCGUGAUGGAGAGAUCCGCAGAGCGGAGGCGUUGCACGAGCGUGUAUUGGAGAGAGGAGGUGAUCCAAACUACAAGACUUGGGAAAUUUUGAUGGAGGGAUGGGUGAAAUGUCAAAGCAUGGAAAAGGCCAUUGAUGCUAUGCAGCGAGCAUUCGAACUCAUGAAGGGUUGUCAUUGGAGACCGUCGCAAAACAUCGUCCUGGCGAUUGCCGAGCACUUUGAGAAGGAGGAGAAAAUCGAGGAAGCAAACGCUUAUGUUAGAGAUUUGCAUCGUCUUGGUCUUGCAAGCUUACCGUUAUACAGAUUGUUACUUAGAAUGCAUGAACAAUCUCAGAGGCCGGCCUUUCACAUCUAUGAAAUGAUGAAGUUGGAUAAAAUUCGAAUGGACGAUGAAUGUUAA